GGAGAAGGAAGUGCAGUUUGCGGUAACAGUGAAUUGAAAGUACGCCAUAAAUAUGGCGCCAAAAGAGUUUUCAAGCUGACGAUAAGAGCCGAAUUUCCCUCUGUCUUGUCUUUAUUUUUAUUUUUUUCCCAACCCGGAGGUGGGGAGGAGAGAUUGCAAGACGAGACCCGCCUGUGCGUUUGUGCAGAGAGUGUGCGCGCACCCCGGUCAGAGGAGUGGAAGCGGAGCAAGUGAAGACGAGGAGAGCGCUGGGUUUUAUUUUAGAAGGAGGGACGUUGCGAAACAGGCUCGCAAUCUUUUCUGACUCAUCGUUUGGAAUUAAAGCACCCUUUUUCUCCUUUUCUUUUAACCCCUCCUCCUCCUCGUUCUGCCGCUGCUGCCUCUCGGUCCUCCCCGUACCGCUGGCACUGGGAAGGAAAACAGUCGGAUUUUGACACCACGUUUGGGCUGCUUUUGCAAAAUGCGACAUGCUUUCCCGUGAGCGGUAUGUGGUGCGCACCUCGCAGCCCGCUACGCAGUGAACGGUAGCAGGAGCAGAGGAGGCACCGCUGUGUUUGUUUUUUCACUCGCAGAGCCCUAAUCCCCGUGCGGCUGCCACUUUUGGAUUUUAUUUCACGUUUGGACUCGUCGUUCUUUUGCGGAGCUGACGCGCUGUCAACGCGCACCGCGAGGGAAGGGGAGAGGGGAGGGGAGGGGGGGAGAGAAGCCAGGGGAAGAGGGACAGUCCUGUCACCCAACGUGGACCGAGAGUCGGAGCUGUUUAGCUGCAGCCUGCCAGGGCGCAGAGUGGGCAAACCGAAUCAGUCCUAAACCCUUGCGCUGUUAAAACUACAUGUGCCUGGCUCCCAAUGAUCUCCUAAUCUCUGGGAAUCGCACGCCGUCCAGGACUGAGGACGUCUCCGUACCCGAAGCUGACUGCAAUCGAGAUGGAGAGCGAAAAGAAGAGGAGAAAAUACUCCACGAGCAGCAAUGACUCAGACACCACUGACAGUCAAGUGACGUCGUGGUUCAGGUCAUCCAAGAAUACGGGCACCAGCAGCACAUGGGUCCGCCACCAGCACAAGAAACCAUCAGAGGUCUUUCGUACCGACUUCAUCACGGCCAUGAAGCUGCCGGACUCGGCCCAGCUCGGCACAGACGACUUCUACGUGCUGUCGGACCCUUGGAGACAAGAGUGGGAGAAAGGGGUGCAGGUUCCCGCUAACCUGGAGGCCAUACCAGAGCCCGUGGUCAGGUUGUUGCCGGAGUCGACAGGUGGUCUGUUCAACAACGGGGAGGAGAAAGAGGGCGGUCAUCAGCUUCCCCGGACUCAGCUGUACAGCUGCUAUGACCUGGAUGACCUGGAUGUUGCCUGGCUGCAGCUGGUCAACCAGGAGUUCAGACAGAUGGCCUUACCGGAGCUGGACGAGCUGACGAUGGAGUGCGUUCUGGUGGAGCUGGAGAGCGUGUGUGAGGAGAAGAUGCAGCAGGCCAUCGAGACGGAGGAAGGCCUGGGCAUCGAGUAUGACGAGGACGUGGUGUGCGACGUCUGCCGCUCACCGGAGGGGGAGGACGGCAACGAGAUGGUCUUCUGCGACAAGUGCAAUGUCUGCGUCCAUCAGGCGUGUUACGGCAUCCUGAAGGUACCCCAGGGGAACUGGCUGUGUCGGACCUGCGCUCUUGGGGUUCAGCCCAAGUGUCUGCUCUGCCCCAAGAGAGGGGGGGCCCUCAAGCCCACCCGCAGUGGAACCAAGUGGGUCCACGUCAGCUGUGCCUUAUGGAUCCCUGAGGUGAGUAUAGGCUGCCCAGAGAAGAUGGAGCCCAUUACCAAGGUGUCCCACAUCCCCGCCAGCCGCUGGGCUCUGUCCUGCAGUAUGUGUCGAGAACACACAGGAACCUGCAUACAGUGCUCCAUGCCCUCCUGUAUCGUGGCCUUCCAUGUGACGUGCGCCUUCGACCACGGCCUGGAGAUGAAGACUAUCCUGGCCGAGAACGAUGAGGUGCGCUUCAAAUCUUUCUGCCUGGAGCACAGCAACAGUAACACAACCACAAUCAACGCCUCCAGUUCGACUGGCGUGACAAAUGGGAACCACGCCAACGCUUCCACCACCAACGGAGCACACGGUGCAGCCAGACCCGACUGGUCCACUAACACCACCACCACCACCACCACCGGCGUCGCUUCGGAGCUUCGGUCGGACCAGCAUCACGACGUAGAGCAGAGGUCGGUGUCGCACCUGGUUGCGGUGUCGGCGUCAGAGCGAGCAGAGCGGGACCAGCUGGAGAGAGAGAAGGUGAGCCAGAGGAAACAGAAGCUCCAGGAGCUGGAGGACGAGUUUUACCGACUGGUGGACCCGAGGGAGGUUGCUGAAAACCUGGAGCUGCCCGUCACCCAGGUGGACUUCUUGUAUCAGUUCUGGAAGUUGAAGAGGAAGGCCAACUUUAAUCGACCUCUGGUGACCUUAAAGAGGGACGAGGUGGACAACCUUGCCCAGCAGGAGCAGGACGUCCUGUACAGACGCCUCAAACUCUUCACACACCUCCGACAAGACCUGGAACGGGUGCGUAACCUGUGCUACAUGGUGACACGGAGGGAGAAGAUGAAACACACUCUGUGCGACCUCCAGGAGAAGAUCUUCGACCUGCAGAUACAACUACUGGAAGAGGACAUGGCUGGAGAGAAAAGCCAGAAAGGAGAAAAGAGAAAGCAGAAUGGAGUGAAGGAUAAAGGGAAGGAGAGAAGGAAGAAUAGUCCCGAGAAGAAAAAGGAGAGAUGGAAGUCAGAGAACGGCACCCUGCUUAAAGAGCUAGGUUUGUCAAAGUCCUUCCCGUUGGACAACUCUUUGUUCGACAGCUGGCUCGCCCAGUCGGUUCAGAUCACCGCUGACGACAUGCUGAGCCAGUGGGCUCUGGGCGCCCAGCAUCGGGACAAGAGCGGCAGCCUGCUCUCCGACCAGCUCCUGCAGGGCGAGGAGAGUCUGCUCAACCUUAUGAUGGAGAACUCAAUGCAGUCUACCUGGAAAACCCCCCAGCUGGGCCGCAAACCCCGGGGGAGCAACAAGCCCCGUGCCCGUGGUCAACCCGCCGCUCCCGCCCCGCCUCAGAUGCUCUCGUCUUCGGCGGCUGCGUCUGCCGCCAGCAGCCCUUCCACCGCCAAGAGCCUCUGGGCCGGCGUGGCAGAGGAAAAGUCUAGCCACGUGGGCCGGAAGGCGGAGAGGUCUCGGGGCUCCUCCAAGACCCUCCACCACCACCUCCAUCACCAUCACCAGACCAGAAGCUCUGACCUCCACAGGGACCCUCCGCCGCAGCCGCCCAUCUCCAAAAUGGAUUCCUGUCACAUCUCGGAGGACCGGGGCCGAUGGGACGGCAUCCACACGGGGAACGGUUUCGAGUCGGAGGCCGGAUCGGGGUUCACGGCAAGCUCAUCUCCGGCCACCAGCCCCGGGGUGACGAUGCCGGAGACUGGGGCGUUCCUUCGCGGCGGAGCCCCGCGGCUCCGCCUGCCCCGACAGGGCAAAUCAAGAGGGAGGGGAGGGGUUGUCGCGGGCCUGGAGUCUAUGGACGUGCCGCUCAGAGGGAAGGACACAUCCCUGCUGGAUGCUGCUGAGACUGACGGGUACUUCUCUGACGGCGAGCAGAGCGAUUCGGACACACGCGCCGGCGGACGCAAACUCCGCCUGCCGCAGCUGCAUUCUGGGAACGAGGACCUGCUGAGAAGGAGCGUGCUGGCAUCCUAAGGAAGCCUCGAGACUCGAACAGACAAACACACACAGUUAUCCAAGCAGAGCCCCACUAAUGGCUAAUUGUUUCUCCAUCUGUGCCCGGUAUUCAGUCUACAACACACGGCUGGACGGCUUUGCUCAGCCACAUCCCUGCCACAUCUAUCCGUGGAAAAUCUCUUCAGCUCUUGACCUGCUUCGUUUUUUUUUUUUUUUUGUUUCGUUUGUUUGUUUCUUUUUGGGCGAGGGGGGGCAUUUGAAUGUAGCUGUUUGCCUCUCAUAGUACAGUAAAGCUUCUCCACUGGACCGCAGUCUGCACCACAAGAUUCAAACCAUUCAACAAAUAGGAAAAAAAAAAAAAACCUUACCUUUUAGUCUUUUUUUUGUUUUGUAUAUUUCAGAUUCAUUUCGUCGCUGGGCGUUGAAGUACCCAGUCCUGGCCUCAUGUCUCUGGUACCUGCUGCCAGACGUGGGAACAAACACUUUGGGGCAUUAUUAUUAUUAUUAUUAUGAUUAUUCUAAAUCAAGCUGGUUUCAGGGUAUGCUUCGUUCUCGGUCUUCACACGGCCUGAAAUGCAUCCAGUGAGUCCUUGUUUUCUUGAAUGCGUUCAGUGGAAAAAACAAUUUCACACCAGAGUUGAUCUGAAUAUGUACAGAUGGUGACAUGGGACAACAUGUAUUCAGCCUUGAAAAGCACAACUAGCUAGUCAUAAGAGCUGUAAUGUAAGCACUCCUGUGUGUGUGCGUGUGUGUGUAUAACAGAUGCUCAUUCAGAGUUGGGGUCAGUUUUCUUCCUGUUGUCUCGGAGCGUAAGACUUCGGCUUUUCCAGUCGCUGAGCAGCAGACGGGUCGACCCCAACCCUGGUGCUCAUUCAGAUUGUCACACAGAAACACAAACACGUGCACACAGACACACAAAACUACCAUAAACGAAUACUCACAUCACAGCGAAAUAUUUGGCCCGACUUUCGUCGGCUGCAAAUUCUUCUUAAAUCUGGGUUUGCUUGUCUUUUUUUUUUUUUUUUUUUUUUUUUUUUAAUUUUCUUCACAAAUCUUUGGAGAAAAAAAUCACCGUAGAAACUCUGUGCCUUCUGUCGCUUGCCCCGUGGCCCCGCCCUCCCCCUUAAACCAAACUUCUCAAUCAACCAAACAAUCAAACGAGUAGGUCAAUCAGAGUCGUCGCUCAAUCGGAUUUGUAACAAUCAAACCAAAAGGAAAUCCCGUUGCGCCGGGUUACCGGAGCGUGGCCGGCUUCGGGCUCCUCGUCACCUUAACAAUUGUGUAGUGCCUGAACCGAGGAUGUAAAUGCAGCCGUCUGUCAACAAAGCAUCUGCAGCAGUUAGCAAAAACUGUUCCGCGCCCCCCCACAACCCCGUCCCACUUUUCUACAUCGCAGCAGUCCAGAGCCAUCAGUGCACAGAGCGUGGCCAGGUUAGCCCCAUGUCCGAGACCCCUACAACACACCUAAGAAAUGCUCACAGUCAAAAGUUUUGUCAACUAAUCGACUUUCUCUUAAUCCGCAUCCCCAAAGGAAAACCUGUUUCAUGAGCAUCCUGCAGUUGAUGCACAUCACUGGACAAUUUCUAGAUGAUUAAGUCGUCAGACAUCAGUUAUUUUUUGUUGCAGCGUGCGCGGCACCAGGUGCUUCGGGCGCAACAAGAAAGAAAAUCAGUCUCACUUCAGAUCGUCCCCGCGUGCUCACCUAUGCAGUUGAGGAUUUUCGGCGUAGCCAUAUUCAGGAGCACCUUUUUUUUUUUUUUCUGACGUGGCCAAGCUCUCUCUCUGACGAUGGCUCUGCUGCUGCGCGAAACAUGAACGAUAAUCGGCUUCAGAGGCCCGCGCUCUUCAGUUCUUGGAUUGAGUUUAAAUUUGUGUUGUUUUUUUGUUUUUUUUGUUUUGUUUUUUUCCACAAAAUGACUUUGUUCUCUCGGAGAGUUGUAUUUUGUACUUAAAGCGGUUCGUGGUAUUCUCAGGGGUUUAAAAAAAAAAAAAAAAAAAAAAAACUUUUGAAAAAGAAGAGGUUAAAAAGCUAUGGGGGAAAAAAGCAAGCGAGAAGCAGAUACGCGUAUAUAUACAUACAUAUUUUAUAUCAUAUAUAUAUAUAUACAAAUAUAUAUAUAUAAAGUAAUGUGUGUGUAUGUCUAGACUCCUUAUUUGGCAAGCUUCACUGUUUGAACUCCAACUACUACUGAGCAUGCUCUUUCUCUCAGUAUAUAUGACCAUCAGCCCUGGGUUCGAUAAUCUCAACAAUCAUUUUUUUUUAUAGUUGAGUUGGGGUAUGUCCGAUGAUAUUGCCUGUCCUGCCACUUAGCCUCCGCCUGUUUGAACCCAAGCUGAGAAAUGAAGCGUCGCAGUGAGUCGUAAUCUUAAGGGCUGCAUGACCCAGGCCUGAUGAACACACAUUUAAACAGAGGUGCAGGUCCUUUCUACUGUCUCUGUUUUUUGUUGUUUUGUUUUGUUUUUUUUUUUAUUAGUUUUUCCUCUAUGGACACCUUCGAACUGGUCUUCUGGAGUGACCACGCCAAAGAAGAGAUCUGUGCAUCAAGGCAGCAUAUUUACACCUUAUCGACACAAACACAAACAUACGUUUGUCUCUGGAUCGUUAGAUAAAGGUGUCCGGCCGGCGACUCUCGGCUUAGUCCCGUUUCUUUUUCUCAGCCCAGUUUGACACCGGUUGAUGCGUGAACUCCUCUUAACACAGGUGGGAACCUUAAAUCCUUCCGCCGCCGCCGCCGCCGCUGCCUGGAUUCUCCCAGCAUUCACGGGGGUUGUUCACGUAGGAAACGCAGACUCACAUAUUAACCCCCUUCAGAAACAAAAGCCAAAUGCAGCUGAACUGAACACACAACAUACAGCGCUCUCUUUCUAUCUGUUUCUUUCUCAAACACUGAUACAAACACCAGAGCUGGUAUAACAGGGUUAUAAUGUACAAGAUGAUUCGAUUUUUUUUUUGUUUUGUUUUUUUUAUAUAUAUAUAUAUAUAUAUGUAAACCUGGUCCUGAACGCAUCAGGAAGCAGGAAACGCCCCUUAACAGCAAGAGAGUAUUACCACAGGUGACAGCUCUGUCUCCUUCAGGUGUAGCCACCGUAGAAGACUCGCACUGUCGCGUGGAGGCGUGCCAAGUAUUGUCUCACGUUCAGUACGACAGCCUGGAGGAUCUUGGACUUCUGCGUUGGCUGUAUCGCAGGCCGACGCUCAUGACAACACACACACACACACAGCAACAGCAACAACAACAACAACAACAACAACAACAACAAUAACAGCAACUUGCGCUCUGAAGGCGAGGACGCGGCCCACGCCGUCCUCCGCCCCCUGGUGGUUGUCACCGUUCACGUGUCGCGUAAGACGGAAAAGUGUAAUCUUGGUUUCAAUAUUCAAUGUUCAGAGUAGCCUGACGUCGUAGACAGUGGUAUUAGACGAGGCCUCACAUGUACGGCCUUAACAUGUAGUAGCUAAUGCUAAGGCUGCACGGGGCCCCACCGGGGAAAACGGGCCGUAAAGCGUCCUCCACGGGGAGCGGUGAAAGUGAGGUUUUUAAUUGUAAUCGCAGUUUUCCUCAAAUCUGUGCAGCCUUAGCAAACAUAAACUGGUUAUUAUUCUAUAUUUACAGUGUGGCUACAAUGCCCUCUCCUUCCGCUUCGUAGAUACUGUAGACUGGAGUCUUUUGCAGGUUCUUUUAUUUUAUUUUUUUUUUAUCAAUAUCCACUAGAAUACAACUUCAAAGCAUCGCUGUCCUCUGUGUGGUACGUUGGUGUGGGUGUUGGCUCACAGCCCCACGUGUGCUCUGAUGAUCUUUGACUUUUGCAACACGGUCAGACACGCAAACGUCCGCGCGGUGCGAGACCCGGACGAGAGCUGCGUCUUUAUCCCAAGCUAAGAAAAUUAGCCGCGAGUCAACAGAAGAGGUGCCGGAGGUCGCGUCGCUCUAGAGUGCGACAGCUGAGGCUGUUGCACGUGGGAGAGCGACGCUACCUCCCCUGGGUGUUUGGCACGAGGUGCCGCGCCGCAGAAAUAAGCUGACAGCAGGGCAUCAGGUGCAUUGAUUGCAGGUGAGAAAAACACCUACGGAAGUUGGUUAAAGAGCAGAAGCGAUUCCCGCGGGCAGUCGCCCUCUUUACCGCGCUGACUCUGUUGGAAAAGUCACUGGAAGACAUCACGGCACCAGCAGGGCUGCGUUCCUCAAAGACCCCCUCAGUUUGCGCAAAGAUCGGAUUUUUAUUAGCGGGGAAGCUCUGUCGUUCAAGUUCAGGCUUUAGAUUUCUAAAUUUCUGACGCUGAGGUGGUUUUCGGGGAACGGGAGGGGCGUCAGGAUGCUGGUCAUGCGAUGUCCUCGUUCCUCUGUGGUUGCUCCCUCAUCCGGUUUGAGGCCGUCGUUGGGUCGGUGAAGCCAGGAUUGGUUGGAAAUGAACGUUUUUGCCGCACCGAUUCCCACGGGGCCUGAGUUAAAGCAAAGGUCGGUGGAUUUACUGACAUGGAGAAGGAAUGCACUGGGUUUAGAUUUCUCGAAAACAUUUUCCAGAUUUAAAGUCUGAACCAAAUGGAUCCCAGUGACUGCUCAUUAGUGCUUCCUGUUUCUGGAACCGUUGUCUAAUCCUUGCUUCACUGUCCCCACGGCCGCCGCACAAACCCACCAACCCACCUACCCGACCACCACUGGAGCUUAUACACACUUACAAUAAUGUAUAAUACUGUUCAACUACUUCUACUACUACUACUACUACUACUACUACUAGAAACAUUUUCAUUUUCCGUGUGUCGAAAAAGCCUUUGCAAGCUGCUUUUUUUUUUUCUUUCGUAACGCUUAGCUGGCCCCAGUGGCUCGUAUCGAUCUAGAAAGCUGACUCAUUAUCUGCUUCCACUGGUUUUUGUUUUAUUUUUUGGGUUUUUUUUUUUUUUUUUUUACUGGCGCUUUGCUCCGUUCUCCGUUGCAGCAAAGUUAUGGCUUCAAGGUCUCAGCAUCCUCAACCCAGACACGCUUCGCAGAUCGGAGAUUCAGUCAAAUUUAAAGAGCUGCUGUGGCGGCGGAGGAGGAGGAGGAGGAGGAGGGAACGGUUGUCGAGUCGAAUCCGAACCCGGCGUGAGUCGAAGAAUCAGAAAGCUUUCUGAUGAUUUUGUAAAUAGUUUUGGUCUUGGUUUCAAAUGCAAAUACGCAUCCGUUCCAGCUUUUCCUUUUCAACAAGUCUGCAAAUUCUGCAGCUAAUUCUCAUUUUCUAUUAAGGAUUAAUAUGUUAAUCACAUCUCUUCUUUAGCAUUGUUUCCUGUUUUACCAGUUCUCCUUUGGGAUCAGAUUCCUCGUCAGUUUCUUUCAACGAUGAAAGUUUGUGAUAACUUCGGAUGGCGUCUGUGCCUUCGUAAAAGCCCCAAGAAAUGUUGUUGUUUUUUUUUGUUUUUUCAGAGCAGACGCAUUUAGAGUUUCAUUUUGAAAAGUUGCCCGGUAGCUUCGUCCUCUGCCUUUUUUUUCGUGCACCGUUGAUCUUUUGGCUCCUCCUUCAAUCCAACAUCUCCGCUGUUUCUGGCUCUUGAAUUCAUUUCAACCCAAACGAUGAGAUUAAUUCUGCAGCAUCCACAGCAGCUCCAAAAAAAAAAAAAAAAAAUAGACUAAAUCUCCCACCUGCACAAACUGCGCACCUUACUCUGCAUCCACCAUCUUCCUCCUCCUCCUCCUCUUCCUCCUAACACACCAGCAAAGCACCCUUUCCUGCUCCAUCCUCAAUCCCUAAAAACACUCCUCCUGCCCACACCUCCUCCUCCUCCUCCUCCUCCUCCUCCUCCCUGUCCCGUGAUCAGCCUCCUUGGCCGGCACGUGGGUUUUUAGGGGUCACCUUUUGAGGCGUAGGACGAUUAAAAAAACAAAACAAGAGAACGCAAAAGGACGUGUGUAGCUUUAAGGACAAAUAAUGACAGACACGUGUGAGGAGAAAAAAAAAAACCCACUCUGGACUGAAGAGAGAGAAGCAGAGAGGAGGGAGGGAGGGAAGGAAGGAAGAGGAGAGAUGUUUAGAAAGAAGGAGACGUUUACUGAACUGGAGCCAGCGGAAGACAGAAAGAGUACAACUUGUUCUUUUCCCCUGCGUUCUGUUUGCAGCCUGUCCACACAGUCGAGUUAACAAGCGGCUGAUAUAAACAACACCAGGCGCCACCUCCCCCUUCUCCUCCUUCUCCUCCUUCUCCUCCUUUCUCUUUCUUUCUCUCUGUCCAAAUAUUUUCUGCACAAAGUGUAACAAUCGAAUCGGUAGAGGCAGAAAUGGCUCAGAUUUGCAUUAAACGGCCUGAAAGUGGAAUAUUUUAACCUUCUUUGUGGCUUUUUUUUUCGUUCAUACAAAAGCACCAUCGACAAACACAUUCUUAAAGAUAAUCAAUCAUAUUGCCCAAAAAAUAGAAAAUAAAAAAUGUCAUAUUGACCAUUAAGAGCAAAGUGAAGAAGCAUUUCUCAGGAUUUAAGAAAGAUAUAUAUAUAUAUAUAUAUAUAAUAUUUAACACCAGCUUCUCAGCCAGGUAAAGUAUUUUAGUACUUAAAAUUAUCGAUUAAAACAUGCAGGUUGUUUGCCAGUAAUUCAAUCCACUUUUUAAUUUUUUUCCUUCCCCACAAUAUGAAAAACACAUUCAGCCUCCGUUUACAUCUGGUCUCAGCGUUCUGCUCCCGAGAGGCUGCUGCGUGGUACGGGACGUUGUCGCAGACAAACUGAGGUGUAAACCUUUCCCAACGCUCUGCGAAGAACUAUUUAGUCUCUGAUAAUUACAGCUCCACCGGGUAGCAUUUAGUUUAAAUCACUUUAAAUAUGAAAGGAAACACAAUCUGGAUUCAUGCUGCAGGUUGGAAUCAGGCCCUCCCCACCUGAAGAGCCUCUGUCCCCUUCUUAUUUCACCUGUCAUCCAUUUCCCCUCCGUUGUCCUUUACCUCGCCUACGCUCACGUGCGUUUGUCUUCGUCCUCUGAGGAGGUGAUUAUGUCUUUAUCGGAGCUUUUAUAUGUGCAGGGACGCAACAGGCGUUUUGAUUCACCUGUGUUUGGGUCCCUUUGUGCUGCGUGCACACGAGAUUGAAGCCAUGUUUGUAUUUUCCGCCAGUGUCCUUCUAUUAACCUCUCCUCCUCCUUCUCCUCCUCCUUCUCUUAAGAUGUGCCCAAACCAGAAAGUUUAGAAAAAGUCGUCGCGAUUAGAUGCUAAAUCGUCGCAAAACUGUGCAAAACUCAGCUUUGUGCACGUGGAAAGUGGAAUUCUUCCUCAUGCUGUGGCUUUGUGAAUCUUACAUGUAAAGCACACAGAGGAGGGAGGAGGGAAAUUAGACUAAAUCCGUUUCUUGUGACCAUCCUAAUGACAUGUGGAACGUCGAUUACAGAUGCUAUCCGCACAGUAGCAGCUAAAUUGGGCCUCGCAGCCCAAAUCUGGUCACCAGUAGGACAGGUGAACCUCUGUGUUUCCCCUCCGUGGCUUUAUGAUAAUUUUUGUUUUAGUUUCUCCUCCUCUUCUCUCCUCUCCUCCUCUCCUCUCUCUGUCUUCUCUUCCGUGCAGACCAAGCAGUUUCUGACUCUCAUUAAUCACAGAGAAAAUAAAUAAAUAAAUCAAAAGAAUCCUCGCUUCCCGCUCCUGACCCGCGUCUGACGAAGUUCUCUCCCUCAGGUUUAAAACGCGUUGCAAAAUAAGAAGUCAGCAGUUUUAAUGUGCGGAAAUAUUUUAAAGCACUUCUCAGUAUAUCCAUUUUCUUUUUGUGUGUGCGUGUGUGUGUGUGUGUGAUAAUAGGUUAAUUUAAGCACUCAGUCUGUCCCUGUUUGUUAAGCGAAGCUGUUUCUCUCCCUUCUCUCUGCUCUCUCCUGACAUUUAACAAAACAAAAAAAAAACACAACAAAAAAAAAAAACACGAUCGGGUAUCAUUCUGCAUCUUAUUGGUUGUAUUUAAACUCUCAUUUGAAUGCCAAUCAAGCAUCAUCUACUCAACACAGAGCUGGACGCAGGCUUUUCCUCCUACUACUGUCUUAUUUGUCCUUAGAGAGGUGUUAAGAUCUCUGCUGUCCUGCCCAGUUUCUCCUCCACUCUGCAUCAGUUCUUCAAUACAAUAAUAUGAAUGUUGCAGGAGUUUAUCCUUCUGUAUUCUUUGUUUCAAAGAAUGUUGUGCCAUUUGUUAAUAGCAAAGAGAACUAUUGAACAUAUAUGAAAAAGAAGAGCUAUUUUAAAUUAUUUUUUGGCUUUUUUUGCUAUAUUUAUUUUCUUGUAUUAGAAUCUUCUUUGUAGGAGGGAAAAAAAUCAAAAAAUGUAUUUUUCAUUAGUGCGAAAAACCUAUUUUCUUCCUUUUUGUACAAUUUCGAUGUUAAAGCGAGACUUUGAAAAGCAAUAUGAUGACGAUGACGACGACGAUGAUGAUGAUGAUGACGAUGUUUCCUGUGACUGUAUCUGCAUGCUGUUUGUGUUGCCUUAAUGAUGGCUGCAUCCCACUCUACCAAACCACCCCCCUUCCCCCACCCCUUCACCCUACGACCUCCCCACCCCAUCCCGACUAGUCUGAACCUUCCUCCGCUCCCUAAACUUCAUCUGAUGGAGUCCCGGUCCCAUUUGAUCCAGUCCAGACCAAUCCAGUCCAGUCCAGUCCAGUGCAGUCAAUAAAGCAGUGCUUUCUGUGUACA